CAAAUAUUUUUGCGCGAACUCUGCACUGCAUGGAAACUCUUGUCUUUUGUGAAGUUUCGCGGCUUUAAAAGUUUCUGUUGACAUUUGUUUUGCAUUUAAAAGUGAACGAUUGAAACCAAGACACCGUUGCAACUAAUAUGGAUGAAUACGAUGAGAUGUACGGCAUCGAGGACGACUUCGAGCAGCAGUUUGCCGACGAGUUAGAGGUGUUGGCUGAUAUGGACUUUGAUCCGUGUCCCGUGGCUAAAGUCUCUGAGUUGCGUAACCAGAAGCCCCAGCAAUCCUUUGAGGAGGCGAUCGCUGCUGGGGAUGCAGCUCUACCGAGGAGAUCUGUUGCCGGGCAACAGGAGGAGACGGAGGAUGUCUCCCACAGCCCAUCACCAGGGAUGGAGGAGCCGCUGACCCCGCUACCCAAGAGAAGGAAGUAUGAUGUGGCUAAAAAACUCAAGUUUGAGUCGACGCAGGUUGAUGACAUCACUCCCCCCUCCUCUCCAGAGGCUUAUGAGGGCAGCAGGCUGCCGCCCUCCCUCAGGCUCUCCCCUGAUAGGCCGCCCAUUGCCACGGUUGCUCCGCCCGUUGCCACGGUUGCACUGGACAUCAGCGGUUUGGGAGCGUUACAGGAGACCCCUAGACGGGUUCCCAUGGAAACCAGGCAUGCCCUACGGCGUCCCCCGGCAAUAGGAGACUUCAUCACCGUCACUGACUCUUCCGGAAAUCGAGUUUAUCUGCGACAGAAAGAGGAACAGCUAACUGUUGUCAAGUCGAACCGCAACUCCCACAAUUCACUGGGGCUUCUGGCCGUUCCCAUAGAGGUUCUGAUGGAACAAGCGGCAGAGAGGCGCCAUAGACUGGUGGUGGAGGAAUCACAGAGGCUAACUGAGCUUCUCAGCAGUAAUGUUCAUCAAGAUCUGCUUGAUGACGCUGAUGAGCAAGGUGAUGAAGGUGAUGAUGAAGAUGGUUUCUCCUCUCGUCUCUGGGUCGACCGCUUCUCCCCUCGACAGUACACUGAACUACUGAGUGAUGACUUUACCAACCGCUGCCUGCUGAAGUGGCUGAAGCUUUGGGACACGGUGGUUUUUGGCCGUGAGAGGAAGGCCCGCCCCAUCGCGCAGGAUUCCAAAAAUGGCAACCAAUCACAGAACAACUUCAAGACCAAGAGCCAAAUCACAGAGGAGAUCCUGGAAGCUGAGCUGGACCAGUACAAACGACCCAAGUACAAGGUGGCGCUGUUGUCUGGACCACCAGGGCUGGGGAAGACCACCUUGGCCCACAUCAUUGCAAAGCACGCUGGGUACAACGUGGUGGAGAUCAAUGCCAGUGAUGACCGCAGUGCGGAGCUCUUCCAGAAGCGCAUCGACACGGCAACACAGAUGAAGUCGGUGCUGGGAGCCAAUGAGAAGCCCAACUGCCUUGUGAUUGACGAGAUUGACGGCGCCCCCUCUGUAAGUCCCGCCCACUUCUAA